ACAUUUCAUUUACGAUAUCAUUCAUUGCUCAAACAUUAUCAUCUCUGUUCAGACUCAAUUUAAUGUCACAAUAAACACAGAUAAUAUGAACGGAAUUGUAUCAUUCUAUCUGUUGACCGUAGUACUCUUAUUCACCGAGACAAGAACAGUGUCGUCCAAGUUAAUGAACUUUUGUUAUUUCACUAACUGGUCCAACAAGUUGGCGUCAUUUGACGCUAGAUUUGACAUCCGGGACAUCAAUGUAACGCUGUGUUCACAUCUUAUCUACGCUUUCGCAAAAAUUGACGCAUCAAAUGUUAGACUUUCUCCGACCCAAAAUGAUGACGACAAUGGUCAACUUGUCAACAAGAAAGGAAGAUAUUUCGACUUUAAUAAGCUGAAGAUAGAACACCCGAACUUAGUGACACUUUUAUCAAUAGGUGGUGCCUGGGCCGGAAGUGGUGGAUUUGUAUCAAUUGUUCGUUCACCGGAAACGAUGAAAUUAUUCUCCAGAAAUGUAGCGAUAUAUCUGAGGGAUCGUGAUUUCGAUGGUAUCGAUAUCGAUUGGGAGUGGCCGGGCGAUACAUAUCGAAACAAAUACACCACAUUGCUGGAGAUAAUGAGGUGCGAGUUUGAAAAGGAAUCCAAUCGAACUAGUAAAAAACGCCUUCUCAUCUCAAUUACCGUUGCUGCCUGGGAAGAAGUUAUAACCAGUUCAUACAACAUUUCCUCAAUAUCUGGCUAUGUCGACUAUAUACAAAUAAUGGCAUACGAUUUUCACGGACCUUGGAGUUAUGUUACCAGUUUCAGUUCACCACUUUUUUCACGUUUAUCGAAUCCAGGAUUUCACCAGCAACUUAGCCAGGCGUGGGCAGUAGACAGAUGGAUAUCUGGAGGGGCUCCACGUAACAAGCUGGUCAUGGGUCUUACAAGCACGGCUAUAUCAUUUGCACUCAGUAAUAGAACCCUAAAUGAUGUUGGAUCCCCGGUGGAUGGUGCUGGGAAAAAAGGACCCUACCUAGGCGUUGAAGGGCAUGUGACCUAUUAUAGGGUGUGUGAAAUGAUAAAGUAUGGGGCGAUACAUCGCUGGGACGACGAACAAAAGAUGGCCUACGCAUAUUUAGAUGACCAAUGGGUUGGUUAUGGCAAUCCCAAAAGUAUGAAAGAAAAAGUGAAGUUUGCUUACAGUCGGGGUAUUGCCGGUGUUAUGUUUUGGACACUGGAUCAAGACGAUUUUCUCGGGUAUUACUGCAAUGACGGGGAAUAUCCUCUCCUUACCGCAAUACACAAUGCUAUACACGAUUUGGCGCCAACACAGAGUCCAUUUGUGGAUGACGUCAGCACGAGUACCACACAUUCAACAACGCCUAAAGAUUUCCGACUUCAUAUUAGCACUGAUAAAAGCGGACUUGACGUUCAAUUGAUACCAACGAGCACAGCAACAGGUAGUGGACCAGGGAUUCCAAAACCGAAGUCCACGUUGAAGAACUUUUGUUAUUUUACUAACUGGUCAAACAAGUUUGCGUCAUUUGACGCCAGAUUUGACAUCCGGGACAUCAAUGUAACGCUGUGUUCACAUCUUAUCUACGCUUUCGCAAAAAUUGACGCAUCAAAUGUUAGACUUACUCCGUCCCAAAAUGAUGACGACAAUGGUCAACUUGUCAACAAGAAAGGAAGAUAUUUCGACUUUAAUAAGCUGAAGAUAGAACACCCGAACUUAGUGACACUUUUAUCAAUAGGCGGUGCCAAUGCCGGAAAUGGUGGAUUUGCGUCAAUUGUUCGUUCACCAGAGACGAUGAAAUUAUUCUCUAGAAAUGUAGCGAUAUAUCUGAGGGAUCGUGAUUUCGAUGGUAUCGUUAUCGAUUGGGAGUGGCCGGAUGAUAUAUACCGAAACAAAUUCACACAAUUACUAAAGAUUAUGAGGCAUGAGUUUGAACAAGAAGCAGUUCGCACGAGUAAAAAACGAUUGCUCAUCUCUAUUGCUGUUGCUGUCGGAGAAGAAACUAUUACCAGUUCAUACAACAUUUCCUCAAUAUCCAGGGAUGUUGACUAUAUACAAAUAAUGGCGUUUGAUUUUCAUGGACCUUGGAGUGAUGUUACAAGUUUCACUGCACCACUUUUUUCACGAAUAUCAAAUCUCAGAUUCAACCAACAACUUAGUCAAGCGUGGGCAGUAGACAGAUGGAUAUCAGGAGGUGCUCCAUGUAACAAGCUGAUAAUGGGUCUUACAAGCACAGCCACAUCAUUUACUCUCCGUAAUAGAACCGUUACCGAUGUGGGCUCCCCGGUUGAUGGUCCAGGGAACAAAGGGCCAUACCUAGGCAGUAAUGGACAUGUGACCUAUUAUAGGGUGUGUGAAAUGAUAAAGAAUGGAGCAAUUCAUCGAUGGGACGAUGAACAAAAGACGGCGUACGCAUAUUUAGAAGACCAGUGGGUUGGGUAUAGUAAUCCUAAAAGUAUGAAAGAAAAAGUGAAGUUUGCUUACAGUCGGGGUAUUGCCGGUGUCAUGUUUUGGACACUGGAUCAAGACGAUUUUCUCGGACAUUACUGCAAUAACGGGAAAUAUCCUCUUCUUACCGCAAUAUAUAACGCUAUUAAUGAACUAGCACCAACACAGAGUCCAUUUGUGAAUGACGUCAGCACUAGUUCCACACAUUCUACCACACCUAAAGAUUUCAUACUUUAUAAUAGCACUGAUAAAAGCGGACUUGACGUUCAAUUGAUACCAACAAGCACAGAGACGGGUGGCAGUGGAUCAGGGAUUUCAAAACCGAAAUCCAAGUUGAAGACGUUCUGUUAUUUUACUAACUGGUCAAACAAGCUGGCGUCAUUUGACGCCAAAUUUGACAUCCGGGACAUCAAUGUAACGCUGUGUUCACAUCUUAUCUAUGCUUUCGCAAACAUUGACGCAUCAUAUGUUAGACUUACUGCGUCCCAAAAUGAUGACGACAAUGGUCAACUUGUCAACAAGAAAGGAAGAUAUUUCGACUUUAAUAAGCUGAAGAUAGAACAUCCGAAUUUAGUGACACUUUUAUCAAUAGGCGGUGCCAGUGCCGGAAUUGGUGGAUUUGUGUCAAUUGUUCGUUCACCAGAGACGAUGAAAUUAUUCUCUAGAAAUGUAGCGAUAUAUCUGCGGGAUCGUGAUUUCGAUGGUAUCAAUGUCGAUUGGGAGUGGCCGGACGAUAUAUAUCGAAACAAAUACGCCCAAUUGUUGAAGAUAAUGAGGCGUGAGUUUGAAAAAGAAGCCGUUCGCACGAGUAAAACACGAUUGCUCAUCUCUAUUGAUGUUGCUGUCGGAGAAGAAACUAUUACAAAUUCAUACAACAUUUCCUCAAUAUCCAGGGAUGUUGACUAUAUACAAAUAAUGGCGUAUGAUUUUCAUGGACCUUGGAGUGAUGUUACAAGUUUUACUGCACCACUUUUUUCACGAACAUCAAAUCCCAGAUUCAACCAACAACUUAGCCAAGCGUGGGCAGUAGACAGAUGGAUAUCAGGAGGGGCUCCACGUAACAAGCUGAUCAUGGGCCUUACAAGCACAGCCACAUCAUUUACUCUCAGUAAUAGAACCGUUACUGAUGUUGGAUCCCCGGUGGAUGGUGCUGGGAAAAAAGGGCCAUACCUAGGCUUUGAAGGACAUGUGACCUAUUAUAGGGUGUGUGAAAUGAUAAAAUAUGGAGCAAUUCAUCGAUGGGACGAUGAACAAAAGAUGGCAUACGCAUAUUUAGAUGACCAGUGGGUGGGGUAUGGCAACCCAAAAAGUAUGAAAGAAAAAGUGAAGUUUGCUUACAGUCGGGGUAUUGCCGGUGUUAUGUUUUGGACACUGGAUCAAGACGAUUUUCUCGGACAUUACUGCAAUAACGGAGAAUAUCCUCUUCUUACCGCAAUACACAACGCUAUAAAUGAACUAACGAUAACACAUAGUCAAUUUGUGGAUGGCGUCAGCACUAGUUCCACACAUUCUUCCACACCUAAAGAUACCCGACUUAAUAAUAGCACUGAUAAAAGCGGACCUGGUGUACAAUUGAUACCAACAAGCACAGAAACGGUUGGCAGUGGAUCAGGGAUUUCAAAACCGAAAUCCAAGUUGAAGACGUUCUGUUAUUUUACUAACUGGUCAAACAAACUCGCGUCAUUUGACGCCAGAUUUGACAUCCGGGACAUCAAUGUAACGCUGUGUUCACAUCUUAUCUACGCUUUCGCAAAAAUUGACGCAUCAAAUUUUAGACUUUCUCCGUCUCAAAAUGAUGACGACAAUUGCCAACUUUACAACAAGAAAGGAAGAUAUUUCGACUUUAAUAAGCUGAAGGUAGAUUAUCCAAACAUAGUGACACUAUUGUCAAUAGGCGGUGCCAGUGCCGGAAGUUGUGGAUUUGUACAAAUUGUUAAUUCACCGGGGACGAUGAAAUUAUUCUCUAGAAAUGUAGCGAUAUAUCUGAGGGAUCAUGAUUUCGAUGGUAUCGAUAUCGACUGGGAGUGGCCGGACUAUAUAUAUCGAAACAAAUACACCCAACUACUAAAGACAAUGAGGCGUGAAUUUGAAGAAGAAGCAGUUCGAAGGAGUAGAAAGCGCCUACUCAUCUCAAUUACUGUUGCUGCCUGGGAAGAAACUAUAACACGUUCAUAUAACAUUUCCUCAAUAUCUGGCGAAGUUGACUACAUACAAAUUACGGCGUAUGAUUUUCACGGCCCUUGGAGUGAUGUUACUGGUUUCAGUGAUCCUCUUUUCCCCCGUUUGUCAAAUUCCAGAUUUAACCCACAACAUAACCAGGCGUGGGCGGUAAACAGAUGGAUAUCAGGAGGGGCUCCGCGUAACAAGCUGAUCAUGGGUCUUACAGGCACGGCCACCUCAUUUGCUCUCAGUAAUAGAACCGUUACUGAUGUAGGAUCCCCGGUGGAUGGUCCAGGAACACCAGGACCUUAUCUUAACAAUGCAGGGCAUGUCACCUACUAUAGGGUGUGUGAGAUGAUAAAGAAUGGGGCUAUAAAUCGUUGGGACGACGAACAAAAGAUGGCCUUCGCAUAUUUAGAUGACCAAUGGGUUGGUUAUGGCAAUCCCAAAAGUAUAAAAGAAAAAGUGAAGUUUGCUUACAGUCGGGGUAUUGCCGGUGUUACGUUUUGGACACUGGAUCAAGACGAUUUUCUCGGGUAUUACUGCAAUGACGGGGAAUAUCCUCUUCUUACCGCAAUACACAACGCUAUUCACGAUUUGGCGCCAACACAGAGUCCAUUUGUGGAUGACAAGAGAACGAGUACCACACAUUCAACAACGCCUAAAGAUUUCCGACUUCAUAAUAGCACUGAUAAAAGCGGACAUGACGUUCAAUUGAUACCAAUAAGCACAGCAACAGGUAGUGGAUCAGGGAUUUCAAAACCGAAGUCCACGUUGAAGAACUUCUGUUAUUUCACUAACUGGUCCAACAAGUUUGCGUCAUUUGAUGCCAGAUUUGACAUCCGGGACAUCAAUGUAACGCUGUGUUCACAUCUUAUCUACGCUUUUGCAAAAAUUGAUGCAUCAAAUGUUAGACUUACUCCAUCCCAAAAUGAUGACGACAAUGGCCAACUUGUCACCAAGAAAGGAAGAUAUUUCGACUUUAAUAAGCUGAAGAUAGAACACCCGAACUUAGUGACACUUUUAUCAAUAGGCGGUGCCAGUGCCGGAAGUGGGGGAUUUGUAUCAAUUGUUCGUUCACCAGAGACGAUGAAAUUAUUCUCUAGAAAUGUAGCGAUAUAUCUGAGGGAUCGUGAUUUCGAUGGUAUCGAUAUCGAUUGGGAGUGGCCGGACGAUAUAUACCGAAACAAAUUCACACAAUUACUAAAGAUAAUGAGGCUUGAGUUUGAACAAGAAGCAGUUCGCACGAGUAAAAAACGAUUGCUCAUCUCUAUUGCUGUUGCAGUCGGAGAAGAAACUAUUACCAGUUCAUACAACAUUUCCUCAAUAUCCAGGGAUGUUGACUAUAUACAAAUAAUGGCGUUUGAUUUUCAUGGACCUUGGAGUGAUGUUACAAGUUUCACUGCACCACUUUUUUCACGAUUGUCAAAUCCCAGAUUCAACCAACAACUUAGUCAAGCAUGGGCAGUAGACAGAUGGAUAUCAGGAGGGGCUCCACGUAACAAGCUGAUCAUGGGUCUUACAAGCACGGCCACAUCAUUUACACUCAGUAAUAGAACCGUUACUGAUGUAGGAUCCCCGGUUGAUGGUGCUGGGAAAAAAGGGCCAUACCUAGGCGAUAAAGGACAUGUGACCUAUUAUAGGGUGUGUGAAAUGAUAAAGAAUGGAGCAAUUCAUCGAUGGGACGAUGAACAAAAGAUGGCAUACGCAUAUUUAGAUGACCAGUGGGUGGGGUAUGGUAAUCCUAAAAGUAUGAAAGAAAAAGUGAAGUUUGCUUACAGUCGGGGUAUUGCCGGUGUUACGUUUUGGACACUGGAUCGAGACGAUUUUCUCGGACAUUACUGCAAUGACGGAGAAUAUCCUCUUCUUACCGCUAUAUACAACGCUAUAAAUGAACUAGCGCCAACACAGAGUCAAUUUGUGGAUGACGUCAGCACGAGUACCACAAUUUCUACCACGCCAGUAGAUCUGCGUGUUCAAAAAAGGAAUGAAGUGUAACAAAAUUGCGGACAACGCAUCGAUGAUUUCAGAAAUAAGCUAUGUUGUUUUGAUGAAACAAUCGUCAGCCAAACACAGUGUUGCACUUUUAAUUUUUUCCUACUGGAACUCAAAUCUAAUGUUUUCAUAUAUUGGCCGAAUAUUAGUAUUUGGUUGAUAUAAUGGUGACAAUAUUCAUAAUUCCAUUGAACAAUAUACUUUUGUGUUUCAAUUAUUUAUAGGUUAGUUUUGAUGUUUUAUCUUAUUGUCUGUUGUUUUAACUUUUAUUAGUGUUUUAAAUAUUAUUUCAGCUUUCUUUAAUGACUAAGUCAGACAUGAAUGAAUUGGCAUGUAUGUAAAUACGAGCGUAUAAUGAUAAAAACCUAUCCCUAAUUAAAAUUUCUCGGAUGCUGAAGGUAAUUUGAUCAAAGUUUUUGUUUAAACAAUAUUUUAUCUAUAAACAUUACAUUUACAUGAUAAUUGACAAAUAAUAAAUAAGGACGCUUGAAAAGCUUUUUUAGAAACCCUUUUUCUCUUUUUGACAUCACUCUUCAUCCGCAGCAGCAGGGUUCAUAUAAAAUUCACUUGGAAAUUCUACAAGCAAUACCUAAGCUUUAGGCAUUGAAAUAUCUAAUCAAUCACCUUUGGAUAUGUAAAGACAUGUGGAUUUAUUUGACAAUCCUGCGUUGACUUUGAACCACUUGCCCUGACCGCUAAGUGUUCGAAUCACAACAUGAUUUUGGAUUUUUCCAUGAAAGGGAGCUAUCGAACGUCGGUGGUUCUACUCAGGUGCCCAUUCGUGCCUGAAAUUAUGCACGGAAGGGCACCCCGACUUCUUCCUCCACUUGUAAAGCUGGAACGUAGCCAUAUGGCUUGUACUGUGUCCUAGUCAUGUAAAACCCAAUCAACCAAACAAAUAUAUAUCAUAUGCAAAGAUUAUAAUAAUGUUGGCAAAAUUGUUUUUCAGAUAAUUUUCUUCUUUAUCCAAAUGGUGAUAUAUUAUAAUUGUUUUUUUUUACUACACAAACUUUCAUUUUUGCAUUUUUUUUUUUAUCAACUCAAUGUCCAUU